AUGGCUCUUGUCCGGGACCCGGCGUUCUGGAAACGCUUCUCCGCCGCUAUUCACCUCGACGAAGAGGCGAAGGCCGGCACAGAUCAAAGAAAACCCUCCAUCUGGUCAGAUACCUGGAUUCAGAGCCAACGUCAGAAGAAAAGGCGAACCUUCAUCUGCGGUUUCUUGAUCUUUCUCAUAAUAGCGCUGUUUGCCGCCGCUAUUGUGGUCGUCAUCCUGUGGCUCAAAUCUCGCAACUGGCUUCAGACACUACCAGAUCAAUCGGAUCAGAUUUGAGGGGACCGAGAAUUGUCGGCUUCAUGGACGAAUACGAAAUACCAACAUCUUGUUGCUUCACUUGAUGAACUUUUGACAAUCUGUGAUCUAUGAUUGAUGAUUGCAUUGUCGAGCAUCUGAUCUCCGCUGUGGGCAUCAUACUGUAAUUGUGUCAAGACGGAGAGCAUUAUUGGACCUCCCCGCGACAGAAAAAACCGGUCUUGGGUAGAAGAUGAUCGGACCUGGACAGGCCAAGACCUCUGUGAAUAUCGGCGUCCGGGCUGGAUAUGGACGAGCAGGUCUCGUCUAUGAAUUUUAAUCUUUUCUUUCACGGCGUUCAAUGUUGACUAUCAGAUAAAACACCCGCUUCUAGAUGCCAGCUUCUGGUAUGUAACAGGCGAUGCCGGGGGUAAAUAUGAGUGAGAUUUUUCGAGUUCCGCAACUAUGACAUUCAUGAUGCCUAUGACGAGACAUCAAAGAUCAGAGCCACUGUGGUUAUCCCAGGGCCAAUUUU